GUUUUUAUCAAGGUAGGUUUCACGUCAGAGUCGUAUGGAGUGCGAAGAAGGUUGAAUUCUACUGCCACUCUCAGUUAUAAAAGCCCAGCCUCCAGACUGCAUCAUGGGGAAGAAGAGUCGAGUGAAAACCCAGAAGUCGGGCACUGCGGGGGCAGCCGCGGUGGCGUCGCCCAAGGAGAUGAUGAGCUUCGUCUCCGAGCUUCUGCAGUUGUGUAGCAGCACAGCGCCCUCCCCAGGUAAGGAGUGGGAGGAGUAUGUCCAGAUCCGCUCCCUGGUGGAGAAGAUCCGCAAGAAGCAGAAGGGCGUGUCGGUGCAGUUUGACGGCAGCAGGGAGGACUUCUUCCCCGAGCUGAUGGCCUGGGCCCAGGAGUGUGGGGCGUCCUGCGAGGGCUUCGAGGUGUCCAGCUUCGGGGGGGAGGGCUACGGCCUGCGGGCCACCCGCGACAUCAAGGCAGAAGAACUCUUCCUGUGGAUCCCCAGGAAGAUGCUGAUGACUGUGGAAUCUGCCAAGAACUCUGUUUUAGGCCCGCUGUACGGCCAGGACCGGAUCCUGCAGGCCAUGGGCAACGUGACGCUGGCCCUCCACCUGCUGUGCGAGCGGGCCAGCCCCUCGUCGCCGUGGCUCCCCUACAUCAAGAGCCUGCCGACGGACUACGACACGCCGCUCUACUACGAGGAGGAGGAGGUGCGCCCCCUGCUGGGCACGCAAGCCGUGCAGGACGUGCUGAGCCAGUACAAGAACACGGCGCGCCAGUACGCCUACUUCUACAAGGUGGUGCAGACUCAUCCGACCGCCAGCAAACUGCCCUUGAAAGACAGCUUCACGUUCGACGACUACAGGUGGGCCGUUUCUUCCGUGAUGACCCGUCAGAACCAGAUCCCCACCGAGGACGGCAGCCGGGUCACCCUGGCCCUCAUCCCGCUCUGGGACAUGUGCAACCACACCAACGGGCUGAUCACAACCGGAUACAACUUGGAGGAUGACCGCUGUGAAUGUGUGGCCCUGCAGGAUUACAAGGAGAAUGAACAGAUCUACAUCUUCUACGGCACGAGGUCCAACGCCGAGUUCGUGGUGCACAGCGGCUUCUUCUUCCAGGACAACGCGCACGACCGGGUGAAGAUCAAGCUGGGCGUGAGCAAGAGCGAGCGGCUGUACGCCAUGAAGGCCGAGGUGCUGGCGCGCGCCGGCAUCGCAGCGUCCAGUAUCUUCGCGGUGCACGGCACCGAGCCCCCCAUCUCGGCCCAGCUCCUGGCCUUCCUCAGGGUCUUCUGCAUGACGGAGGAGGAGCUGAAGGACUUCCUCAUCGGAGAAGGGGCCAUCAAUAAGAUCUUCACCCUGGGGAACAGCGAGUUCCCCGUCAGCUGGGAGAACGAGAUCAAGCUGUGGACCUUCCUGGAGACGCGGGCCGCCCUGCUCCUCAAGACCUACAAGACCACCAUCGAGGAGGACCUGUCUGCGCUGGAGCAGACGGACCUGACGGCCCACUCCCGGGCGUCCGUCCAGCUGCGCCUGGCGGAGAAGCAGAUCCUGGAGAAGGCGUCGGCCAGCGGGCGGGGCAAGCGGCUGCACUUCCAGCGGCAGCUGGAGGAGGGCGCCGCGCUGCCGCGCUACGAGGAGAGCGACAUCGCGCUGCUGGAGAACGAGGACGCGGCCGACGCCAAGCUGCCCAUCGUCCUGCGCAAGCUGGAGGAGGUGGUGGAGGAGGAGGAGCAGCAGCAGCAGGCCGGCCUCAAGGAGGAGCUGCCGGAGGAGACCCCGCUGCUGCUCAACGGGGGCAAGGCGGUGUACGGUACGGACGGGGGCCGGCGGGACCUCGCCGACGCGGCGGAGGCCAACGGGGAGACGGCGGAGGCGGAGGCGCCGGCGGCUCUGGAGAAGGCCAGUAAAGCUGCGGGCUCAGCGCUGGACAUGAGCGCAGGCCUGGACCAGAUGGGCCUCACGGAAGGGGCCAAACUAAGUGCCAACUGAACGGAGGAAGGGGGUCCGAUAGAAGACUGAAUAGGUUUAUUCCACGCACUGCCAUAGCCCAUGCUAUUUAUUUAUUUUGGACCCACUCGGAAUCGGAAGUAGAAACAGAAUUAUCAUGUUAAUCGAAAUGUUUUUUAUUUUUCGGUGGACAUUUUUAUUUCGUUUCCCCUUUCUGCACGGACAGCGCCAUCUCUCUGCCGAAACGCUGGCGCAUUGCAAUCGCUGUUUCUGAUGCCUCAGAUGAAUAGGUGACAGGUGAUGGCAUCUGGUGGCAAGUGCGCUCAGCUAGCACUCAUUUGUACCGACCAGAAACGGCAAUUGUGUGUUUGGUGCCGUCUUAACACCGAUUUUGGGUUUACAUUAGUACAAAAUAUAAUUUGAAAACACAAAAGGAUGUGUGUUCUACCGGUAGAAAGCAAGGGAGCCCUCAGAGAGCGGUCCGCAGCAUUUGCACGUGCUCAGGGAGACGCAGGGAAAAGGGCGGGAUUGAGUUAGCAGGAAAUUGUCCCCGGAAAAGCCAAAAUCAUAUCUAAUCCUUUCAUUCGGUUUGGUUUAUUGCUGCAGUUUGUCUCAAUACACGUCUGCUAUGAUUUGAGAUGACAAUCAUUUUCUAUAGUUCAUCUUGGUCAUUGAGUUGAGAGGUUCUCUACUCACACUUUUUGGGCUUGACUCAUCAAACUCAGAUUUUUCUUAAAGGAUCUGUCGAAGCAUUUCAAGCAAAGUCAUUCAUGGAGGCAAAACAGUUACUGAACACGUACACAUAAAUAUGUGUACCAUUUCUGAGAAUGGCAGCUAUAUCUUAAAUAGCAAAUAGUGACAUUUCAUGUGAACCCUUGCUGUGAACCUUCCUGGUACGGUAGGCCCUGACACAUUUUGGUUCAGUUUUUCCUCCCAAACAAAAGUUAUUCUCUUAAUAUAUACUUUUAGUAUAAACCUUGUUUGCUUGAUGUUUAUUUUCAAAAAUAAAUCUAUUUUGAAUGUAAUUACAGUAAUGACCCUACGAUGUUUGUCAAUGGGUGAGACAAACGUCUUUAUUUUGCGUUUUUAUUUACUUAUUUUUUUGUCCAAAUAGAAAGCCAUAUCCAUGUAUAAGCCCCUCCCCGCCAUCAGCGAGUACACCAGGCCUCGAUAGACAAAGACUUUGGUUUACAGACAUCGACUUCCCAGUAUGUGCAAAUUGGCCUUCAUCUUCAACAUGAUGCCGUCAUGUAGGAGACGCAUCAUGGCACUUUCAGAGUGCAACAGCACUGUCAUAAUAAUGUCACAGAAUGAUGAUUGUAUGUGUCUACCCGGUUCACCUAACAUAUGACCGAUACAAGGGUAUGUUUAACAAAAUGUCUAAGGCCUUUAUGCUUAUCUUGUACAACAAACUUGCGUCUGUUAAGUCUGUAACUUGCCGAGCCUGUUUUUGUAUCACACUUGUUUUGAUGUGUAGCUUGAGCACUUCCCAUUGACAAAGUUCCUGUAUUUUUUGAAUGCAAUCAUCUACUCUUACUAACCUUUAAAGAUUUUCAGUCUACUUGCUGCUUUUUCUAGAAAAACUAAAACUAAACAAAAACUAAACGAAAGAAAGGAACAAUCCCUCAGACAGAUAGUUUGUGUGAGCAGCUAGCUUUAGCCAUAGAUACAAGUGUUCCCUGGCACGGACCUUACUAGAUGAAAUGGGAACUUAAAACCACCCUCACCGCCGUAGACUGCAGUAGUUCUGUCUGAAUUGGCAUAGACAUAUUUUAAAAAAGCAGACACGCAAGAUUGUACAGUUAAAGUGAAGAUGAGAAAAACUUGUCCUAAUGCUGUCCUAACGAUUAAACUUCAGUCUUUUAUUUCUCACCUCAGUUUGUGUGCUAAUUGUUUGUUUUGAAAACC